UACACCAUCAUCUUUGCUUAUAUUCUCACAAUUCUCACAAAGCAUUUGAUUGUAUUCGCUUAAUUCCAAUCCCAUCUUUGAAUUGUUUGUUUUUGAUGUUUCGGUGUGUUGGGCUUUUGUUAUUUUUUGAUUCUUUGAAAAAUUUGAUUCCAAGGGUUUGUUUCUCCCUUUCCUUAUGAAGAAAAGAAGAGACCUUUUAUAAAUAAAAUACUAGUAUUAGAAAAUAAUCUGUACCUGUUUUUCUCUUUAAAGCCUCUCUCUUUGUGUCCAAUCUUGAAUUGGGAUUCCACCUUUUGACAUUAUCUUCAAAGGGCUUGGCAGUAUCUUUUAAGGUGAGUGUUCUUUGUGCAAAACCUUCAAAAUGGGGGAUCACUUCGUUUUGCUGGUUGAUCGUUUGCUUACUGAGUCGACCCUUGAGGCUGCAAUCGAGAGUAGAUUGAAGCACGUAGUCCCCAUCACUGUCGAUGAAGUAGCAAUCGACUACUCGUACCAGAAAGAUUCCGAGGCUAGCUUGUCUCUGAGGAAGGUGGUCGAGUGUCGGAUAUGCCAAGAUGAAGGUUUUGAUUCAAGCAUGGAGGCUCCAUGCUCUUGCUCUGGAAGCUUGAAGUAUGCUCAUCGUAGAUGUGUGCAAAAGUGGUGCAACGAGAAGGGUGACACCAUGUGUGAGAUAUGCCAUCAGCAAUUCAAGCCAGGAUACACUGCACCACCGCCAAUUUUCCGUUUGGGUGAACUUCCGAUGAACUUGAGGGGGAAUUGGCAAAUUGCAAGAAGAGAUCUGAACAAUCCGCGCAUUAUUGCAAUGGUUGCUGCUGAUCAUAGCUUCCUCGAUCCAGAAUACGAUGAGUAUGCUGCUUCCACGUCACGAAGCAUAGUCUGCUGCCGCACAUUAGCAUUAAUAUUCAUGGUGCUCCUGAUUAUGCGGCAUACUCUUCCGGUAGUUGUGAGUCGAGCGGGGAAUUAUUCGCUCCCACUGAUCAUGCUUUUGUUGCUACGAGUCGCUGGGAUCAUUAUACCGAUCUGCAUUAUACUCAAAGCAGUCACCUCCAUCAUACGCCACCGACAGCAACAGGCAACGCCUGCACCUGAUGAAGAAUCGAGCCCGUUACCUCUGAAUCAGUCAAAUUUGAAUGCAGUCAGCUAGAAAUUAACAAGAAAUUUGGCAAGGAAGAGCAACCGGUUUCGCCUCUGCUGAGGUGAAAUUUGCCAUCUGUCACAUUUCAGUUGUUAUAAUCUAGUGUAAAUUGACCCAGAAAAAAAGAGAAGAAAAGAAGUAGGUUAGAUUUUGAGGUGGGAUUUAGAUACACCUCUGGAAUAUUCAAAAUAUUAGAGCUUCCUGUUUUCUUGCA